AUGGCAAAUCCAUCAACAGAAACAGCAACAGGAGAUGGGCAAAAUUUAGGCCCAGAGAUUGAUAUCGAGAAGGAAAUAGCGAAGUUGAAUUAUUAUACAGAGCAGACAGAUGAGCUCAUAGAAAUUGGAGACACAGUAGAAAUGGAGAUAGCAACAAAUAGGGUGAAGGUAAUCCACAAUAAGAUAAUUGAUUUGACAGGGAGAAUUGAAGAGAUGAAAUUAGAACAAGGGGAAUCAUCUAGGUCAGUUAGGCAGUGGAAAAAGGAUGUGAAAGAUAAAUAUACAGGAAUGUUAGAGCAAAAUGAGAAAAUGUUGAGAGCUUUAACACAAAUAGAAACUCAAACAAGAGAGGAAGGUCUGAGAAGGGAAUUUGAAAGGAAGCAAAUUGAGCAGCUAAGGGAAGAUAAGAGAAUGCUAGAAAGACAAAAGCAAUUAGCAGACCAUGAAGAGAAAAUAAGAAGGGAGAGAUACUUACAAGAGAAGUCUUUAUGGGAGGAAAGAAUGCAUGCUGAAAUUAAACUUGCAGAGAAAAAGCUAGAAAUGGAAUGUGGGGCUAAGGCAACCUUUUCAAAACUGCCAGAGCUGAGAGUCACACCAUUUAAAGGCACAAUAGCUGACUGGAUAAGAUUUGAAAACAUGUUCACAAGUCAAGUUUUAAGUAAGGGGUUUAGUGAUGAAGUUAAAUUUGGAUAUUUGUUAGAGAUGGUGAAUCCCAGAGUAAGGGAUAAAAUUGCAAAUCUGAAACCAGGAAAAGUUGGGCUUGAAACUGCCUGGGAAAGGCUCAAAAAGGAAUAUGGGCAAAGGAAUGCUGUGAUAAACACACACAUUGAUGAAAUUGUGAAUCUACCUACCAUAAAGGGAGUAAAUUAUGAGAAAAUUCAAGAAUUUUAUGACAAGCUCACAAAGAAUUAUGAUGCCCUGCUGACACUUGAUGAAGAAAACAUGUUGAGAGGAUUUGUGAUGACAACAUUAAACAAGCUGCCAAAUGUCAAGUCUGAUUUGGUAAGGCUGGAUGAUGAUUGGGAAAGCUGGGGGAUGUCAAAGCUUAUUGAUAAUUUGCAGAAGUGGUUGAAAAGAAACAAAACAGAGGAAAUAGGAAAGCCAGUGGAAAAAAGAGAAAAACACUGGUAUACAGGUGAAACAAAGGAGAAACACUCAAGAAAAUGUAUUUAUUGUGAUCAAGAUCAUUGGAGUGAUAAGUGCAAAACACAGGAAACUAUAGAGAGUAGGAGGAGCUUCUUCAGAGAAAAUAAGCUAUGCUUCAACUGUGGGAAAAAAGGACACAGGGGGGAUAAGUGUCUAAGUAGGGGGUGCUACUUUUGUAAGGCUAAACACCACAGCAGCCUAUGUGAAAAGCAGAAAGGUGAAAGUGAAAAAGGUUCAAUUUUAACAGGAUUCACACCUUCUGUGGAGGAAACACUCCCACCAAUUUUGCCUGUAAGAAUUGAUGGAAAGGUUAUUUGGGCAUUCCUUGACACAGGUUCAGGAAGGAAUUUCAUUUCUAAGGAUGCGUUAAUGAUGCUCAAAUCAAAACCUGAGAGAUAUGAAACAAAAGACGUAACAACUAUCAAUGGAACAGCAAGAAAAGCCAUGCCAAUCUUUCAGAUGACCAUAGAAUCAUUAGACAAGAAAGCCAGAGAACAUAUUGAGGUUGCACGGGUAGAAAUGCAUGAUUUCACAACAGUCAAAAGGCCAGAUUUAAGGAAAUUGAAACAGCAGUUUAGACACACCAAAGACAAAGAAUUCUACAUAACAGCAUCAGGGGAACAUAAAAUUCACAUGAUUAUUGGAGACAAAACAUACAGCAAACUGAGAACAGAGACAGUUUUCAAGGGGAAUGAUGAUGAACCAAUUGUAGAAGGCACAUCAUUUGGUUGGAUUAUUCAUGGAGGAGAAUUUUCUAGCACAAAUUGCAUGUUCACCAGAGAGCUUGGAAAUGAAUAUGAGAGAUUAUACAGCCUUGACAUACUUGGGGUUGAAGACAGGGGAGAAGAUGACCAAUUAGAUGUUUACAAAGAGUUCAAAGAGAACAUUUCCAGACAAAAUGAUGGAAGGUAUGAAGUUAAUGUUCCAUGGAUACCAGGAAGCAAUUUGGCAGAAACAAAUGAGAUGCAGAGCAGAAAGAGAUUGAAAAAUGUUGAGCGCAAACUGAGGCAUGAUGAAAAACUGCAGAAAGAAUACACAGAAAUUGUUGAGAAUCAGUUAAGAGAGGGAGUUGUGGAGAGAGUUCCAAGUGAACCAUCUGGAACAAGAAUAUUUUACAUGCCUCACAAACCAGUUGUAAGAGAGAGCGCUGCUACCACAAAGGUGAGAAUGGUAUUUGAUGCUAGUGCACGCCCAACGCCAACAACAAACAGCAUCAAUGAUUGCAUGUACAAGGGACCUGCGUUGCAGCCAAAUAUUUGGGACAUUAUGGUCAGAGCAAGAAUGACACCAUAUCUGCUGCUAGGAGACAUACAAAAGGCAUUUUUACAAAUUGGAAUUAAAUCAGAGGAUAGAGAUGCAUUCAGAUUCUUAUUCACACUGAGUGGGAAGGAAGAACACCUAAGAUUUCUAAGGGUCCCUUUUGGGGGGGAAGCCAGCCCAUUUUUGUUGGGGGGAACCUUGCAGCACCAUUAUGAGGAAUUUACUAACACAGAGCUAGCCAGUACCCUAGAAAUGCUCAGAGAAAAUACAUAUGUAGACAAUCUGAUGUGUACAGGAAUGAGCAUUGAAGAGCUUCAAAGAUUUAAAGGAGAGGCAUCUGAAAUACUAGAGGAUGCAAAGUUUCAAAUUCAUAAAUGGGAAUCCAACAUAGAAAGCCUAGAAAGUGAAAAUAUGGAGAAUCCAAGCAAGAUUUUGGGGCAUGUUUGGAACAAGGAAGAAGAUACUUUGAUGGUACCCAUAAACAAAGGGGAAGAGGAUAAGGUCUCAAAGAACACUGUAUUGAGUCAAUUAGCCAGAAUUUAUGACCCCUUGGGAAUCAUUUCACCAACCCUAGUAGAAGGAAAGAGAAUCUUCAGGGAGGCCUGUGAUGAGAACAGGGGAGGGGAUGCUGAAGUUUCUGAACCCCUUAUGAAAGAUUAUUUGAGAUGGAUGAGACAGCUGAGAGAAUUAAAGAUACCAAGAACUUUAGUAAGAGAAAUAAGAGCAGUUGAUGCAGUGAAUUUACACAUAUUUGCAGAUGCAAGUGAAAAGGCAUGCUGUGCUGUGACAAUUGCAGUAGUGGAACAAGGAUCAAGCAAAGUAAAGGGCUUACUCACUUCAAAGUCAAGAAUUUCAAAGAGAAACACUUCGAUAGCCAGACUUGAGUUGGUUGGGGGGCAAAUGGCAGCAAACAUGGCCAAGAACAUUUGCAAAGCAUUGAAGAAUUGGCCAAUAACAUCAAUCAAUGUGUGGAUGGAUAGUAUGGUGGCCUUAUUUUGGAUAAACAAUCCAGGGAAACAAUGGAAAGCAUUUGUAGCGAACAGGGUGAGAAAGAUUACAGAGAUAGGGAAUGAAAUUGGAAUAGAGUGGAAAUACUGCCCAUCAAGUGAAAAUUUAGCAGACCUAGGCAGUCGGGGUGCGAACAUAGAGAAAAUGGUAGAAAAGAAGUGGUUUGAAGGGCCAGACUGGCUGCUAAAUGAAGAAGAAUGGCCAGAACAACCAGUGCCGAAGAGUUCAACAAGAAACUUGGAAGAACAAAGACCAAUUAAAGAGGCAAUCUUAUUCACAAACGAGACAGAGAGUGAUGAAUGGGAUAAGCUUUUAGAGCGUCAAAGCUAUUGGAGAACACUUAGAACCACAUCAUGGUGUUUGAGAUUUAUCAAAAAUUGUCUUGCCAAGAAGAGAAAGGAGAAGGUAACAAGAGGACCUCUGACCACAGAGGAAAUUAUGAGUGCAAGAGAUCAUUGGGUAGUAAGAGAACAAAGAUACAUUAUAGAGAUGAAAGAAACACCUGGAUGGAAAUUGAUAAGAGACGAGAAAACAGGUAUGCUUCGAUGCCAGGGAAGGAUUCAAGGGUAUCAACCAAUCUAUUUGGAGAAGAGUCUCUUUACUGAGAAACUGAUUCGACACACACACAGGAAAGUUAUGCAUAUGGGAGUAGCAAAUACAAUGGGAGCACUGAGAGAGACAUGGUGGAUACCAAAGAUGAGAACAUUGGUCAAGAGAGAAAUCAGGAAUUGCAAUGUGUGCAAAGUAUUUUCUGCAAAACCAUUUGAAGCACCAGCAACAGCUGCGCUCCCAAUGUUUCGUACAGUUCAGAGCCUGCCAUUCCAGAACACAGGUGUUGACUUUGCCGGGCCUCUCAAGUGA